UUUCAGAUUUCCUCAAAUAUGGAGAUACUACGCUGUCUGAUUAGCAUUGUUCCUAGUGAUUUUCUGUAUAACAAGAUGGCAGCAGCCUGAUUUUGCUGUGUUUAUUUUAAACGGAACAGUGUGGAUCCAGACUGUCCAACCCCUCGCCUUGCUCCCACGGUGGUGUAGUUGCAGCGAGAGGUUCGCCAAGGCCCGUCAGUGACAAUGGCGGAGAGCAGCGGCCCAGACAGGGACAGGGGCGGAUCCUGCUCCUUUACCAACAACCCGGCUGGGAAAAGCCAGGUAGCCCCCGGGACUCCGGUCGGCGCUGGGGAAUAUUGCAGGAAAGUGCAGGAGUGGCUGUGGCAGUAUUACAGCUACGUGCAAUGGCAGAGCUGGGUAAUGUUGAUGGCCCCGCUCCCUCCUUAUUACCCGUUCCCCAGCGGCGGGGCCAGGCAGAGCGAGGGGGAGGCGGCCGCUGCUCCCGCUCCCGGAGCUAACAACCUCUACAAUCUCUUCCCCUUUUACCCGCCCUACCUCGGCGUUCCCACAGUGCCGCAAACCCCGGGUGAACAGCCUCAGCAGCGGGAGGUGGCAACUGGUUCGGCGAGCGGCGUCAGGCUGCCAGCCGCUAAUGCGCAGCAACAGGCAGCAACUGUGCACCCGAGAGGACGUGAGUACACCAUUCCAUCUCUGAUGCAUCGGUUCCUUGCAGAAAUGGUGGAUUUUCUGAUACUGUUCCUGCUAAAAGCUAUUGUGGUGCUAACAGUGAUGCACAUCUGUGGGAUCAAGGAUCUUUCUAAAUUUGCUCUGAAUUAUAUAAUUGAAGAAAUUGAUGAAGACACUUCUCUAGAAGAUCUUCAGAAAAUGAUGGCUGUAGCACUGAUGUACAGACUCUUGGUCUGUUUUUAUGAGAUUGUCUGCCUUUGGGGAGUUGGAGGGGCCACACCUGGCAAGUUUCUGCUUGGGUUACGAGUUGUGUCUUGCGACAGCUCGGUGCUUGUUGCUCCUAAUCGGGUAUUGGUGAUUCCAGCACAGAAUGUCAGCAUCUCAUCGUCUUCAAUACGAGCAUUGAUCAAGAAUUUUUCAAUUGCCUUCUUCUUCCCUGCCUUCGUUACAUUGCUUUUCUUUCAACAUAAUCGUACAGCCUAUGAUAUAGUAGCUGGGACCAUUGUGGUAAAGAGAAGUGCAGGAAGGUAAAGACACUAUAAAUGACUAAGUUUUUUUUUAACUCUGCUCCUCCCAUUUGCUAAGUUCUGCAUUAUUCAAAAGGAGAAGAAAACACCCUUUGCUGUCUGCACUCCAAAGUAACGGAUCUUUUGAGAACUGAGUUGAAAAUGAAUACAUGUACAGUAAAGUACCUCCGAGGAUUUACAGGAAUUGACUUCGUCUUGGGAAUGAAUCCGUUCCAGUGGUAGACAGUAUGGUCUUUAAAAUGUGGAUCUUGAUUGACUCGAUGGUUCCACAUCAGAAAUAUGCACAACUUUGAAAUUAAUGUCUCAAAAUCUUCUGCAAAAAAAUGCAUGGCUACGUUUUAGAAAUAUCACCUUUAAAGUUUACAGUUGCUGUUUUACUUCAGUCUCCUCAUCGUGACACUUCUAUUUUCUGUGUGGCUUUGGAAACUUAUACAAAGGAAGAGAACUACUUGCAGCCGAUCAACUUGGAAACCAUAACUAAUAUGUUGUUAUUAGCUGUCAACUUGGCUCCAGAAAUGUAACUGGACAAAUUUGAUUAAUGAAGUUUUAUGUUAUGAAAACCUUCCACUAAAUUUUGGAGGGAAAACAUUUGAAAAGAGCAUACUUUCAAGCCUACAUUAGCACAUUAAAGAUAUCAAUUGUUUAUGAAGUUAAUACCUGUUCUGCAAUAGUAAAUCUAUAUGCUCAGUAUUAGAAUUAAUUCUAUUCAGUUGGAUUCCCUAAGAUUAUGCAGGAUUUUUGAAAAACAUACUUUGAGUAACAUGUUAUGACUCUUAUGUGCAAAUUAUAUUUUUAAAUGGAUGUUCUUGCAUACUUGUGAUUUUGUUUUUCUUUAAAACAUUUGUGUUA